UUAUUUGGCCGCCAACACUCCCCAUUUGACCUUCCAAAAUAUUUCCAUUUUAACAACUUUUUUUUUCUCUUUAUAUAUUCAUUCAAAUUCUUGAGCUUUCUUCACAAACUUGUAACAAAGAUAAUUGUAGUUUGAAACUGAAAACAGACAGACAGAAUGCUUGAGAAAGAGAAUUGUUGUGUUGGUUUGAAUGAGCCAAAAUUGGUGGUGAGGAAGUUUUUGGCUAGGCCACAACAUGAAGGAGUUGGAGCAAUAGUAAGAAGAAGCAUAGGCAGAUUUGAGUUGAGAUACUUUGAUCCUUUCCUUGUUCUGGAUGAAUUUUCAGUUACAGCACCUGCUGGAUUUCCUGAUCAUCCGCACAGAGGAUUUGAGACGGUCACCUACAUGCUACAGGGGGCAGUUACACAUGAAGACUUUGAUGGGCAUAAGGGGACUAUUGGACCUGGUGAUGUACAAUGGAUGACUGCAGGAAGAGGUAUUGUCCACUCGGAGAUGCCUGCAGCACAAGGAACCCAAAAGGGUUUACAGCUAUGGAUCAAUCUCUCCUCCAAGAAUAAAAUGAUUGAACCAAGGUACCAAGAAAUAUCAAGUAAGGACAUUGGAGAAGCAACAAAGGAUGGAAUCAAGGUUAGAGUUAUAGCUGGUGAGGCCUUGGGAACAAAGUCUCCAAUCUAUACUAGAACCCCAACAAUGUACCUGGAUUUUACCCUGGAACCUGGGGCUCACCUACAACAGCCGAUACCGGAAUCAUGGAAUGCCUUUGUUUAUGUCUUGGAAGGAGAGGGUAUCUUUGGCAGGUCGAAAUCUUCUCCGGUGAAUGCUCACCAUCUGCUUCUGCUAGGACCUGGGGAUGGUUUAGAGGCAUGGAACAAGUCCUCUAAGUUGCUAAGGUUUAUUCUAGUUGGAGGUGAACCAUUGUGUGAACCUUUGGUGCAAUUUGGACCUUUUGUGAUGAACACGCAAGAAGAGAUUGAUCAAACAAUCGAUGAUUUCGAGAACUACACCAAUGGAUUUGAGAAAGCAAGGCACUGGAGAUCUGAAUCUGGUCUUACCCUGGAUUUCUGAUUCUUGUUUUGUCUAUGGAAAAAGAAAAAAAAAAGGUCAUUGAUAUUUUAAUAAUCAAAAUAUGUACAUUAGAUAUUAUGGUUAGUCAAGUAAGUUUCACUAAUUUGUUCAAUUUUAUGCACCUUUUUAUCAUGCUACAUCCAAUAGUCUUGAUUACCACUAGGAAAAGAAUAAAAACUGAAGCAAGUGAUAAAAAUGUCAAUGAUCAUUCAAUCGAUAAUGAUCAGAGUUUAAUUUUUGAUAAUUUUUUUAUUAGAAAAAUCAAAUAAAAUAUUUGUUUAAUGGGAUUUAACUUGUGAUUUUCCAUAAUUUACCUUUUCUUAAGAUCAAUGAAAGAAGCUGAGAAAAAUGGGGGAGAUUUCCAUCAGAUUUCAAGCCAGGCCCGGCUGUAAUUGGUAGUCAAACAAGGGCAGCUUUGGUAGUCAAGAACUUGGCCACCAAUAUAAAACCUAAGUGACCUUUAUUCAAACACUAAUAACAAUAAGAAACAUCAAAUUGAAGAUAUCCUUAAUUUCAUGAACUGAUUCUUGUAAGAACAUAAUUUUAGGAUUCUGAAAAAGUCAAA